AUGCGAGUAUGUGAGGCUGCUCGCAAUCGUCCGUGCUUUCGUGAUGAAGCAUCCAAGGGCAAUUUUGCCCUGUUUGAGAUGAUCAAAUGUGGUCAGCUACAACGACGUGUUGGUUUACGCGAGAAGAUGAAGUCAAUGGUGACGGGACGUUGGUUGGACUGGGAUCCCACAGAUUGUUUUCUACUCUUCAAACGAGAUCCACAGCCGUUCUCGUUUGACCAAAUGUAUCCAUUCGCGGAUGAUGUGAAAAUAGCAGAACCUGGAUCGAAAUCGUUCAGUACGGCCCAUUUAAAACUUGAAACUGGCACAACGAUUGUUCAUUACAAUAAGUCAAUGAAGCAACUGAACGAAUGGCAUGUUGAUGAUGUUUUGUGGUUUAUGGACCAUGAAACUGCUCGAAAGCCACCAACUUCGUUCACGUUAACGUUCAUUUUGACGAAAAAAAGUUUCAAAUUCAAAUCGAAAUUUAUCGGCUAUUGUAUAGCGUUUCGUGAUAAUAAUCAGCGAGUUCAGUGGCUGAAUUCUGUGCUCAGCUCACAGCUGGAUUUCCAAGCUUUACCCUCACCUUUGUUGCAAAUUUAA